AUGAACAAUAUUAAAAAGAUAUCAUGUUUUGGGGCUGGAUAUGUUGGAGGCCCAACUAUGGCGGUCUUUGCCAGUAAACACCCAUAGAUAUAAUUUACUAUUUAUGAUAUCGAUAAGCAAUAAAUUGAAAAAUGGUAGCAAAGCGAAACUCUACCUGUGUUUGAAAGUGGAUUAUCUCUUCUAUUGGAAGAAACGAGAAAUAAGAAUUUGUCAUUUACCAGUGAUAUCAAUGAAGCUUUAGAUGAAGUUGAUAUCAUUUUUUUAGCUGUUAACACCCCAAUAAAAUAAUCACUAUCAAAAAAAGAAUCUUAUUGUUUUGAUAUAAAGUACAUAGAAGCUUGCACAAGGUCAAUUGCUGAAUAUUUUGACUUGAAAAAAUUAAAUAGAAUUGUUACAUUAGUAGAAAAAAGCACUGUACCUGUGUUGACUUCAAAGCACAUAUAUGAGAUUCUCUAAGAAAACUAAAAAAUUUAUAAAUAAUAUAUUUAUGGAAUUUUAUUUAAAAAUACACGUAGUGCAAUUAAUGAUUUACUGAAUCCUGAAAGAGUAAUUAUAGGUGGAGGUAAUUCUCCAGAAGAAUAGAAUAGUACAAAUAUGCUGAAAGAACUCUAUGAAAAAUGGGUAAAUAAAGAUAAAAUAAUUCUUACAAAUUUAGUCUCAAGUGAACUUUCAAAGCUAGUUUCAAAUUCAUUUUUGGCUCAGAGAGUAUCUUCUAUCAACAGUAUUACAGCUUUGUGUGAGGCCACUGGUGCUAAUAUUGAAGAAGUUAAGAAAUGCAUUGCUUCAGAUUCAAGAAUAGGAAGUAAAUUCUUAAAUUGUUCAGUAGGUUUUGGAGGUUCAUGCUUUAAAAAAGAUGUUCUUGGACUAGCAUACAUCUGUGAAAGUAGAGGGCUAACAGAGGUGGCAGAUUAUUGGAAAUAAGUAGUUAAAAUGAACGAAUAUCAAAAGUCUAGAUUUUCAAAAUUAAUAAUAGAAAAAAUGUACAAUAAUCUUGAUGAUAAGAUCAUUACAAUAUUUGGGGUUUCUUAUAAAAAAAAUACUAACGAUUGUAGAGACAGUGCUUCUAUCACUGUUGCUUCAGAAUUGCUAAAAGAAGGUGCUGUACUGCAUAUAUAUGAUCCAUUAGCUAAAUUUGAGAGCAUGAAAAAAGAAAUGCAAAGAUAAGAAAUAUGGAAAGAUUGCUAUGAUGCUAAGAUAAAGUUUUUUGAUGAUGGAGAAUCUGCUUCUAUAAACUCUCAUGCAAUAGUUAUUUUGACUGAAUGGGACGAUUUUAAAUAGUGUAAAUACGAGAGGAUGUUUAAAAAAAUGAAAAGACCUUCAUUUAUUUUUGAUGGAAGAAAUCUUUUAAAUAGAGAAGAGAUAGAAUAAAUUGGAUAUGCUUACGUUAAAUUAGGAUGA